CAGCUACUCGUCUACUCACCUUUUCUUCGGACUUAGACGGGAUUUCCGAUACCAUGUCGGCACGAAUCGGCCGCGAUUGACACGAGGAAAUAUCCCAUCGAAUGUAUCGAAAUUGUGUCCGGCCAUGACGCCGCUUUUUGGGGAAUCGCUGGAAACCCGGGGAGGAAUCCAUCCCUGGACUCGCUCAAGACAGAAAGAACGAUUCGUCGACCUCUAGUUGAACUAGAAAAUUGAAGAUCGAUUUAAUGAUCCCCUUAAUGUUAUAAGUAAACGGUGCUAAAAGUUCGCGGAUUAAGUUUCCGGCUCUCAUUUAAUUAGGCGGGAAGUUCGGAACAAGUCAUGGAAAUGUUUCGGAAUUAUCUGACCCGGUAGUCGAGCUGAGGAAGCUUCCGCGGCCCCGGCUCGACCCAUGGAACCAUCGCCCAAUGGGAGUCCCCGGAUCCAGGGCCCUCCGAGGCCCUUCAUGCCAGCGGACCUCUCUUCCAUUCCCCAUAUGGACGGCACCCCUCUUCAGGGCAGUGGCCAUGACACCACCGACGGUGCCAAGGGCGGUUCACAGGAGCCGGGGCCGGGUCCAGGUUCUGGUCCGAGCUCGGACUCGGGCCCAUAUAUCGUUGGUAGCCCCAUAGACCUCGGUGGCAUCGACAACGUCGACAACAUAGGCUUCCACCUGCAACCCCUUCAACGGCUGCGAGGAAGGAACCGCGAACACAUCGAACUGCGAGAAACGGAACCGUCGGGGUGCGAAGAUGUUAAUAGAACGGAGAAUGGCGAAUCGCAGUCCGAAGGGCAACCUCCCCUGCACUCGCAAGAAGACCAAGAAGAGAGGAUCGUAUUUGUUAAUGCGCCCCAUCAGCCUGCUAAAUAUAAUAACAAUCACAUCACCACGGCCAAAUAUUCACUCCUUACGUUCGUUCCAUCGUUCCUUUUCGAACAAUUUAGGCGAUAUAGUAACUGUUUCUUCCUCUUCAUCGCACUUAUGCAGCAAAUACCAGAUGUGUCACCUACGGGUCGAUAUACCACUCUGGUUCCUCUCAUAUUCAUUCUCAGUGUGUCCGCCCUUAAGGAAAUAGUCGAAGAUGUUAAAAGGCACAGAGCCGAUGAUGAAAUCAACAUGCGCGAAGUAGAAGUGUUAAGAGACGGUCGAUGGCAGUGGAUUCAAUGGCGCAAUGUAGCUGUUGGUGACAUCGUCAAGGUGCACAAUAACAAUUUCUUCCCUGCGGAUUUGAUUCUGUUGUCAUCUUCGGAACCACAGGGUAUGUCCUUUAUAGAGACUGCAAAUUUAGAUGGCGAGACAAACCUCAAAAUCAGGCAAGCUCAUUCAAAAACGGUGAUGCUCCUCGAUACGAUGGAGUUGAUGAAUUUUCGUGCUAACAUUCAAUGCGAACCGCCAAAUAGACAUCUUUACGAGUUUAAUGGCGUUCUUCGUGAGACCAAUAAGCAGAGCGUUUCUUUGGGACCUGAUCAGUUAUUACUUCGUGGUGCGAUGUUAAGAAAUACAAGAUGGAUCUUUGGAGUUGUAAUAUAUACAGGCCACGAUACAAAAUUAAUGCGCAAUAAUACUAGCACUGCACCACUGAAAAGGUCGACCAUUGACCGUCUUACCAACACGCAGAUACUUAUGCUUUUCUUCAUCUUGCUCAUACUCUGCCUUAUUUCGGCUGUAUUUAACGUUCUCUGGACGAAUGCGAAUAAAAAUGGUCUCUGGUAUUUAGGUUUAGACGAGGCAAUGACCAAGAAUUUUGCGUUCAAUCUCUUGACGUUCAUUAUUCUGUUCAACAAUCUGAUUCCAAUUUCCUUGCAAGUUACUCUGGAGGUCGUGCGUUACGUUCAAGCAACGUUCAUAAAUAUGGAUAUCGAAAUGUAUCAUGCGGAGACUGAUACACCUGCAAUGGCUCGCACUAGUAAUUUAAACGAGGAACUUGGAAUGGUCAGUUAUGUGUUCACUGAUAAAACGGGAACCCUAACGAGAAAUGUUAUGGAGUUCAAAAGGUGUUCAAUUGCUGGUAAAAUAUACGAUUUACCAAGUCCAACGGCUGAGGAUGAAACGGGUACUAAUUGCGAAUUGGUAAAAGAUAUAAUUGGUGGUAGGAUAAGAGAAGACUUCCCACAGGAAGAAGAUAGGAAGAGGUCUAACUUUGUUGCUAUUUUGCAUGAGUUUAUGGUCAUGCUGUCGGUGUGUCAUACUGUGAUCCCUGAAAAACAGGACGAUGCUAUUAUUUAUCAUGCUGCGUCUCCAGAUGAACGAGCACUUGUCGAUGGAGCACGUAAGUUUGGUUAUGUCUUCGAUACAAGGACACCAGCUUAUGUCGAGAUAGUAGCUUUGGGAGAGAGACAGCGAUAUGAAAUUUUAAACGUAAUAGAGUUCACGUCAGCCAGGAAAAGAAUGUCAGUGAUUGUUCGAACACCGGAAGGCAAGAUUAAGCUCUUCUGUAAAGGGGCUGACUCGGUGAUCUACGAAAAGUUAGCCACUGAAUCCUUGGCAAAUGCUGAUCCUGAUCGAGAGGGUGUAAAUGACUUUCGCGAUGUGACACUGGAGCACUUAGAGAUGUUUGCAACGGAAGGUCUGAGAACUCUCUGCUUCGCUGUUGCUGAUAUACCGGAUAACCAAUAUCAGUGGUGGCGUGAGAUGUAUCACAAAGCAAAAAUCAGUACGUCGAAUAAGGAAUGUAAACUCGAGGAUGCAGCUAAUCUAAUUGAGAAUAAGUUGACAUUGCUGGGAGCCACAGCGAUAGAGGAUCAAUUACAGGAUCAGGUUCCGGAGACAUUGCAAGCUUUAAUUCAAGCCAAUAUUAAUGUUUGGAUACUAACUGGUGAUAAACAGGAAACCGCAAUUAACAUUGGCUAUUCAUGCAGACUGAUUACUCAUCCCAUGCCUCUUAUCAUAGUUAACGAACCUUCCUUGGACAAAACAAGAGAAGUUAUUAUCCAACAUUGCCUGGACUUUGGGCAAGACUUGAGGUGCCAAAAUGAUGUAGGUCUUGUGAUUGACGGAAAUAGUCUGAAAUACGCUUUGUCUUGUGACCUGAGAAGAGACUUUCUGGACUUAUGUACCUCUUGUAAAGUUGUUAUUUGCUGUAGGGUCUCACCCAUGCAGAAAGCCGAGGUAGUUGAUUUAGUUACGUCCAACACAAAGGCAGUCACUCUUGCUAUCGGAGAUGGUGCAAACGAUGUUGCUAUGAUUCAGAAAGCACACAUCGGAGUUGGCAUCUCCGGAGUGGAAGGACUUCAAGCUGCUUGUGCUUCGGACUACUCGAUCGCACAGUUUUGUUUUCUAAAACGGCUGUUGUUCGUUCAUGGUUCCUGGAACUACAGUAGAAUGUGCAAACUUAUUUUAUAUUCCUUCUAUAAGAAUAUAUGCCUUUAUGUUAUCGAACUGUGGUUCGCUAUAUACUCCGGCUGGUCCGGACAGAUUUUAUUUGAAAGAUGGACCAUCGGUCUUUACAAUGUUGUAUUUACAGCAGCACCCCCCUUAGCAAUAGGUCUGUUCGAUAAGGUUUGUUCUGCGGAGACACAUUUAACUCAUCCACGAUUGUAUGCUGCGAAAAAUACCAUGGAGUCUACAUUUAAUAUUAAAGUCUUUUGGGUAUGGAUACUAAACGGGUUACUCCAUUCGUCUCUGCUGUAUUGGUUACCAUUACUGGCUUUGGAACAAGACGUAAUUUGGGCAAAUGGUCGCGAUGGCGGCUACCUUGUUCUAGGAAAUAUUGUUUAUACGUACGUGGUGGUAACGGUGUGUGGAAAAGCAGGUCUUAUUACCAACUCGUGGACGUGGGUGACUCAUCUGGCUACGUGGGGAUCUAUAAUUUUAUGGUUUUUAUUUAUUGUAAUAUACAGUAACUUCUGGCCGGCACUAAAUGUCGGAGCAGUCAUGUUGGGUAGCGACAGAAUGCUCUUCUCUUCCCCUGUUUUUUGGCUCGGCCUUAUUUUAAUACCGUCAGCAGUAUUGCUCCUUGAUGUCACGGUCAAAGCAGUGAAGAAUACCAUGUGGAAAUCAUUAACAGAAGCAGCUCGGGAACAAGAAAUUAAGAAAUCUGAUCCCGGAGACCUGUUCGGCAAUCAAGACUACAGAAGCUCAUUGACGGAGACGGCUCGGCUACUGAAAAAUGUUAAAAGCGUAUUCACCAGGCGGUCUAACGCCGCGACCAGAGUUAAUGUCGAAGUGGAGCUGUCACAUGGUUUCGCCUUUUCUCAAGAAGAAGGAGGUUCGGUAACGCAGACAGAUGUCAUAAGAGCCUACGACACAAACCUACCGAAACCUGGCGGCAUGUGAUCUUAAUCUGGUCAUCGAUACUGCAGAACUCAGCUUCGGAAGACUUCAGGACGAAGUUAUCGCUUCCAUGACCCGACGAGGAAGUGCUUUAUGCCGACUUCACCUCCUGGUUGACGUCCAUUAAUUUAGAAAGAGAGAGAAACAUUUUCUCAGGGGUAGCGAGAGUCUUCUCAAAAGAGGAGACCUUCUCUUCGAGGGCGAUAUACUUAUUUUGUGAGCCUCCGUAAACGUGGAAAUCGUCUUCAUAUACAAACAGUGAGCUCGCCCGGUGGAAAAGACUGGAACUGGAUGGAAAGUGGAAGUAAAAAUGUCAAUUCCAGGGAUUACCUGAUUUUGUCCUUUGCCCCUUAUUCCAUUGGAGAUGAAAGAAAAGUGACAUAAAAUCCCUACUAAUCUCGUGGACAUAUAAAGUGGUGAAGUUAUUUAAAUCAAGAAUUCCAAUUUGAUAUCCCGGAGAAAGGAUUCAUGGCAAUUUAAUGCACAUAUUUUUUUAAGGAACUCCAAGGAAUUGUGGAUUAGGAGAGGGGGAUUUUAUAUAUGUCGAGACGUCAAAAUAUUUAUAAAACUUUUAGUUAGCUUCCUUAAUCACGUUUUGUAAAUAUUUUAACGUUUCAAUAUACAUAGAAUGACCCUUUCAUAAUGCCUUAAAUCGAACAGAAAUAUAUUCCUGUUUAUGGAAUUCAAUGUAAAUCGAAGUGCAAACGGAAUAGAUGAAUUUAUUCCUGCCACGUGAGAAAUACGGAAAAAAUCAGGUAUUAGAAUGGAAGGAAAAAUCGUCCCUUUCACGUUGAAAUUCUGGAAUUUCAAAUCCUAUCUGAGUCUUCUUAUCGGGCGUGAAGGUGUUAUAAAAGGCGUCAUAUAUACCAGAAAGUUGAAACAUUGAUAAAACUUUUUUCUCCAAACAGGGUGCACCGAAUAAUUUGAAACUUUAAUACGUGAUUAUGGAGGUCCUCGUGAAGGUUUUGAAACUCGCGAAAUUUCAUUUUUCGAAAAAAGAAAAAUGUAUUUAACCCGGACAAGGACCAAAAAAAAAUGUGUCGAAAAAUGAAAUUUCGUGAGCUUCAAGACCGUCAUUAGGACUGCCAUAAUUACGUGUUAAAGCUUCAAUUAUUGGAGAAAAGUUUUAUAAAUAUUUUUACGUUUUGAUGUAUGUAGAAUGACCCUUUCACAUAACCUUAAAUCGCGCGAGUAGCGAAAUACUCGACUGCGGGUCGGAAGUGCAUCGAUGCGCUUUCGACCACAACCGUAUGUAUUUAUUUAUUUAUUUAUCUAUCCGUCGAUUGUAAUGAAAUAAUCUCGGUUGACCCUUGAGUGCCGAUACCUUGCGAGUAGUAAAUCGUUAAGCGAUUAGCGCCUCGAUUCUCGCGACACCGACUGUGUAUUCAUAUAACAACUAUUUCGGAAUUUGUAUAUUUUGAGAAACUUCUUAGGAAAAAGGUAAUGGAUUUUACAGGCGCCCUUUGGAAUAAGUCGGAUAAUUCUAGUUGAUUUGAUUCACGGCGUCUUCAUGUAUGUACCAUGUCACGAGUCUUUCUAACCUCAAAGAAUUUUCGCGCGAGACUAUUCUUCGAUUUAUCGAAAUCAAGUUUAUAGAUAUUCGCAAAGCAGGCAGUAAUUAAUUACAACGAUCGUGAUAAUUCAAUAAAUUGUAUUAAAUAACGUGGUGAAUAUUCAGAUUGUCAAAACUAUUCGAAAUCGUUCCCUAAUUUGGGGCUCGGUUGACUCUAGUCGUUUUCGAGGUGGAUAAGAUUUUUGUCUCGCAUUUACUCUCCUCGAUUUGUUUCCUUCUUUCAAUGCAUUACGACAAAUAUAUUUAUUAGAAGAGAAUUACAAUUCUAUACAUCACUACGUUCGGAAUAAAAUGUAAGGAAAGUA